AUGUCCGACUUGGAAACCGUGGCUAAAUUUCUGGCUGAAUCAGUUGUUGCGUCUACAGCUAAAGCUUCUGAAAGAAAUUUAAGGCAGUUGGAGACACAAGAUGGACUUGGUUUGACCCUAUUGCAUGUUAUUGCCUCCACUAAUCUGCCACUGUCUACCAGAUUAGCUGGUGCCUUGUUCUUCAAGAAUUUCAUCAAGCGGAAGUGGGUAGAUGAAAACGGUAAUCAUUUAUUACCGGCUAACAAUGUGGAACUGAUCAAAAAGGAAAUCGUUCCCUUAAUGAUAACUUUGCCAAACAAUUUGCAAGUUCAGAUUGGAGAAGCAAUUUCCAGUAUUGCAGACUCCGAUUUUCCUGAUAGGUGGCCCACACUUUUGAACGAUUUAGCCUCCAGGUUAAGUAACGAUGACAUGGUAACAAAUAAGGGUGUCCUCACAGUGGCACAUUCUAUCUUUAGGAGAUGGAGACCUUUAUUUAGAUCAGAUGAGCUUUUCUUGGAGAUCAAACUAGUUCUUGACGUGUUUACGGCGCCGUUUUUAAACUUAUUGAAAACGGUUGAUGAACAAAUAAUAGCAAAUGAAAAUAAUAAGGCGAUGCUGGACAUCUUAUUCGAUGUGUUACUGGUAUUGAUUAAAUUAUAUUACGACUUCAAUUGUCAAGAUAUACCGGAAUUUUUUGAGGAUAACAUUCAAGUGGGUAUGGGUAUUUUCCAUAAAUAUUUAUCUUAUUCUAAUCCCUUAUUGGAAAACCCUGAUGAAACUGAACAUGCAUCCGUUUUAAUAAAAGUGAAGUCCUCAAUCCAAGAAUUGGUACAACUAUACACAACAAGAUAUGAAGAUGUCUUUGGGCCUAUGAUCAAUGAAUUCAUUCAAAUCACUUGGAAUCUCUUGACUUCACUUUCCAACCAGCCAAAAUACGAUAUUUUAGUAUCCAAAUCUUUGUCAUUUUUGACCGCAGUAACACGUAUACCAAAAUACUUUGAAAUCUUCAACAAUGAAUCUGCCAUGAAUAAUAUAACCGAACAAAUAAUUUUGCCAAACGUUACGUUACGUGUAGAAGACGUCGAACUCUUUGAAGAUGAUCCGAUUGAAUAUAUCCGCAGGGAUUUGGAAGGUUCGGACACAGAUACGAGAAGAAGGGCAUGUACCGAUUUUUUAAAGGAAUUGAAAGAAAAAAAUGAAGCUUUAGUGACGAGUAUAUUUUUGGCGCACAUGAAGGGGUUUGUCGAUCAGUAUAUGAGUAAUCCAACCAAAAACUGGAAAUUUAAGGAUCUUUAUAUUUAUCUAUUCACGGCAUUGGCCAUUAAUGGAAAUAUUACAAAUGCUGGUGUUUCAUCCACGAAUAUUUUAUUGGACGUGGUAAAUUUUUUCACAAAAGAAAUUGCUCCAGACCUUACCUCAAAUAAUAUUCCUCAUAUAAUUUUGAGGGUAGACGCUAUAAAAUAUAUCUACACAUUCAGAAAUCAGUUGACCAAGGCUCAGUUGAUUGAGCUUAUGCCCAUAUUGGCCACUUUUCUACAAACAGAUGAAUAUGUCGUUUACACGUACGCUGCCAUUACUAUCGAAAAAAUUUUGACUAUCAGAGAAUCAAACACAUCUCCUGUCUUUAUCUUUCAUAAGGAAGAUAUCUCUAAUAGUACCGAAAUUCUUUUGAAAAAUCUUAUCACAUUAAUCUUGAAACAUGGCAACUCGCCUGAAAAAUUAGCCGAAAACGAAUUUUUGAUGAGAUCAAUUUUUAGGGUUUUGCAGACGUCAGAAGAUUCCAUCCAACCUCUAUUUCCCCAACUAUUGGCCCAGUUUAUUGAAAUCGUAACAAUAAUGACUAAGAAUCCGUCCAAUCCGAGAUUCACUCAUUAUACCUUUGAAUCAAUUGGUGCUAUCUUAAAUUACACUCAAAGAGAAAACUUACCAUUGCUUGCAGAAUCCAUGAUGCCUACAUUUUUGACCGUUCUUUCUGAAGAUAUUCAAGAAUUCAUCCCAUAUGUUUUUCAAAUUAUUGCAUUCGUUGUUGAGCGGUCCGCAACAAUCCCAGAAAGUAUUAAGCAAUUGGCACAGCCCUUGCUAGCCCCUAAUGUAUGGGAAUUGAAAGGCAAUAUCCCGGCUGUGACAAGAUUAUUAAAGAGUUUUAUAAAAACGGAUUCCUUAAUUUUCCCCGAUCUAGUUCCAGUUUUGGGUAUAUUUCAAAGAUUGAUUGCAUCAAAGGCAUACGAAGUUCAUGGGUUUGAUCUCUUAGAGUACAUCAUGCUCUUAAUUGAUAUGAACCGCUUACGGCCAUAUAUGAAACAAAUCGCAGUAUUAUUAUUGCAAAGAUUACAAAAUUCUAAAACGGAAAGAUAUGUCAAGAAAUUAACAGUAUUUUUGGGUUUGAUCUCCAACAAGCUAGGUUCUGAUUUUGUGAUUCAGUUCAUUGACGAAGUGCAAGAUGGUCUUUUCCAACAAAUAUGGAGUAAUUUCAUCAUUAGUACGCUACCUACAAUUGGUAAUUUGCUAGACCGUAAAAUUGCAUUGAUUGGUAUUUUGAACAUGGUUAUAAACGGUCAAAUCUUCCAAAACAAAUAUCCAACUUUGAUUCCGGGCACAAUGAACUCCAUUAUAAAGACAGCAUCAUCACAAAGUAUUGCUAACAUGAAAAACGAUUUUGUGGAUUUAGAUAACUUAGAAGAAAUUUCUACAUUUGGUUCCCACUUCAGUAAGCUAGUCAGUAUUAGUGAGAAACCAUUCGAUCCCUUACCUGAAAUAGAUGUUAAUGAUGGCGUAAGGCUAUAUGUUGUAGAAGCUCUGAACAAAUACAAUGCCAUGUCCGGGAACACAUUUUUUAAUACAAUUUUGCCUCAAUUGACUCAAGAAAAUCAAAUGAAAUUGAACCAAUUACUAACUAGUAAUUAA